AUGGCAGAUCAUCAACCUUCAGAUGAGGUCCUCCCCCCUGGCAGCUCUGAACCUGAGAUCAAUGGCUGUGCUCCUUCACCAAACUUAGAGCUCCAGGCAGAGGAGCAGAGAAUCCAUGAUGAGGUGGAGGAGGAGAAAGAAGGAGGAGCAGACAGAGAGAUGACCAAACCCAGACCUCCUCUGCUUAACCUCCGUAGAGAUGUGAAUGGCGGAGGUCACCGGCGAAUAGGAAAUCAGAACCUGAGGGCCAAUCAUCCCAUGUCUCCUGCUGCAGCUGCCACAUGUUCCACUGCUGGCACCUCUGUGUCCGGUAAAAGGAUGCAGCUGUUGUCCAAUGAGGCGAGGAGAGAGAUGGCGAAGCAGGCCAGAGCAGUGAAGGAGGAGAGACGAGCGACUCUGGAUGCUCGGCACAAAUAUCUGAUCAACAGGUUGGUGGACACUGGGACACUCGGGGAGCCGGAGGUGGAAGACGCCCUCCUCUCUGAUGACAAGAAUCCUUACUCCAGUCUUGCCUCAGCUGUGAAUGUAGCGCCCUCUGCUGUGGCUCAGAGGAAACUCUUCAUAACUACAGGCAGUUCUGAGCCUUUACUGGGGAAGUGUCUGUUCUUCCUGAGGACCACCGACAAGGCGAUAACCACGGCUAACAUACAGCAGGAGGUGAACUUCGGCUCGUUGGACUGCAGUGACGGCAGCUUCCUGAACAGUCUGGAAGCUCUGCUGUCUCACGUCAUGUUACCUGCCCUCCGAUCACAGCAGACGUGGGGCUCUGUGCAGGAGGGCACGUCCUGUCCAGACGUCCAGUCCUUCCUGUCUUCAGUGGACAAGUUCAUCAAUAAUCUGAGCUCGACCAGAGUCAGCAUGCAGAGAAAGUUCACGCUGCUGCAGGUCGACCUUCCUGAUGCCAUCAAUCAGCUGAGCAGCCCUGCAGACUACACAGCAGCAGCGAAUAACAGAGAGCUGGUGGAGCGUUUGGAGGGCGUGGUGUCAGUGUGGACCAAUCAGAUCAAGCAGGUGCUUACGGAAAGCGAGCAGAUAAGAAAAGAGGCCGACGACGUGGGACCAUCAGCUGAGCUGGAGCACUGGAAGAGACGUAUGGUCACCUUUAACAGUCUGAUUGAGGAGGUGAAGCGUCUCCAGGUGAAAAGGACUCUGGGAGUUCUGCAGGUCACCAGGUCUCGAACUCUACAAUCCUGGAAAGAACUGGACGGGGAGAUCACUGUUGUUGCUAACGAAGCCAAGGACAACGUGAAGUAUCUGCAGACUCUGGACAAGUUUUUGGGACCUCUGGGGAAAUGCACUCCGACUAGUAUCCUAGAGCACAUCCCUGGCCUAAUGACCAGCAUCAGGAUGAUCCACACCGUGUCACAGUACUACAACACCUCAGAGAGGAUGACAUCUCUGCUGCUUAAGGUCACCAACCAGAUGAUCAGCUCCUGCAGGAGCUACCUGUUGCAGGGUGCAGCUCGGAUCUGGGACCACAGCAGGCCCGUGCUGAUGCAACGUAUCUCAGACUGUUGUAAACUGAAUGAGGAGUAUCAGAGAAGCUUCCAGAGCAUCAGAGACAAACUGAGAGAAAAUCCUGAAAACAGACAGUUUGACUUCAGUGAGAACUACAUCUUUGGGAAGUUUGACGCGUUCUGCAGGCGUCUGGAGAAAAUAGCUGACAUGGCGACCACGCUUGAGAGCCUGGCUGCUCUGAAAAGCAUGAAGGUUGGGUGGAGGGCAUCGAGAAGAUAUGUUCGCUAUCAGACCGUAGUCUCAACAACAAAGUCCAAGACAUACGACAUCCUGGACCCCCGCAAGCUGGAGUUUGACAGUGACUAUGCAGACUUCCAGCUCCAGGUUCAGGGUUUGUUCCAGUCUCUUCAGUCUCUGCUGGACGUUUGGUUCCAACAGUCUCUCACUACGGAGCGAAUGCUGCAGCUACUUGCAGUGUUCGAGUCCGGUCCAACAGCUGGUCUGGACCUGAAGAAGCACUACCUACUGCUGCUGCAGCGCUACAGCAAAGAGCUGGAGCUUCUGAGGAAGACCUACCAGAGACAGAGGGGCCCGCCCAUCGGACGCAACCUGCCCCCGGUGGCGGGCAGGAUCCUGUGGUGUCAACAACUUUUCAGGAAGAUUGAAGCUCCCAUGUUGAUCCUGAAGAAUAAGCUCGACAUCCUCAAGGGUCCAGACCUGACUAAGGUGAUCCGGAGCUACAACAAAAUGGCCGUGGUGCUGCUGCAGUACGAGUUGCUGCACCUGCAGGGCUGGAGUCAGGCUGCAGAGGGCGCACCACACUGCCUGAGCGCCGCCCUGCUGGUCAGAAAUGACAACAACCAGCAGGUUUUUGUGAACCUCGACCCUGGGGUUCUGGAGAUGCUGCAGGAGGCCCGAUGGAUGACCAAGCUGGGAGUUCCUGUGCCAAAGGUUGUCCAGAAAAUGAUCUCAAGAGAAGAACAUGUCAAAGCUCUGCACACAAGGCUGCUGGAUUUGAUCCAGGACUACAGCUCAUUGGUUGCAAAGAUACCGCCUUCACUCCUCCCUCUGAUGCAGCCCUUCAUUGGCCGGGUGGAGGCGUCUCUCUCUCCUGGCCUCACCGCACUCUCCUGGACCGCUCUGAACACCGACCUAUUCAUACAGGGUGUGUAUGAGGCUCUAAAGGAUCUGGAUCAGGUGUCUAAAGCUGCAGCAGACCUGUUGGAGUGUCGUAUUGGUCAGCUGCUUCAGUCCAUGUCGUCCAGCUGUCUGCUGGUCCUGCCUGAAGACUCACCUGUCUCACCUGAGGACCUCCUGCUGCAGACAGACAGCUCAGUCCGAGCUGCUGCCGUCACCCUGAACUGGCAGAGUCAGCAGGUGGAGAGGUGCGUCUUUGAGCUGAUUGACGAGUUGAAGAGGAAGAUGAAGACGCCAGAGACGGUUAAUCUGGAGGGGUCUUUCCAGUGCCUCCAUCCAGACUUCAAACAGAAGACUCGCUGUCAGUCGUGUCUUCCUUGUCGAUUCUACAACCUGAUUGGUCAGCUCUGUCACCGCAACACUGAAGCCCUCGUUCAAGCCACCAAAUCCUCUCUGGACGCCCUGAGGAGGAGACUUCAUGUCCCCAAAGUCCAGCCUCCCUCCUCCUACAGCAGCCAAUCAGCGCCCCCUCCUCUCUUCAGAGCCUCUAUGCAGCUCGCCAUCCCAAACAUCGUCCUCAGACCCAGCGUGGACGACAUCCAGUUCAAACAGCAGCAGGUGGAGCAGGCGGCGCUCCGGGAUUCGGGAGACGACAUCCCGUUGAAGCCGCCGGUGCUGAGGCCUCUGGACCGACAGCUGGUCGAACACAAAGACAUCAACAAGUCUAUGAUGCAGCUCGGCUCCAUCGUGUCGACGCUCAGAGCUCAGGCUGCAGACACUCUGACUGAGCUCUCCCACUUCUCUACUUUGUGGAACCAGGAUACGGAGGAGCAGGUUCAGGCCUUCCUGCUGUCUGAUCCCUCGCUCACCGAGUUCAACUCUCAGAUCUCCUUCUACUCCAAGCUGGAGAUGCAGAUCUCAGAGCUCCCAGCGUUUUUCAUGGUGGGUUCAGUUCUCUUCGACACCGAGCAGCUGAAACUGUCGCUCACUCAGGAGUGUCGGCUGUGGAAACGGGCCUUCGGCACCGCACUCAACCGCAGGGCAUCCACCAACAUGGACGACAUCUUCUCAUUCGUCGACGCGCUGACCAAGAGGCUUCAGCGUCCAAUCACAGACCUGGAGGAUGUGCGGGGAGCGAUGGCAGCACUCAGAGAGGUUCGGGAGGCAGAGGUUCGCAUUGACGCCACCAUCGGUCCGGUGGAGGAAUCCUUCGCUCUGCUCACCAAACACGAGCUGCUCUUCAGCGACGGGAACUCAGAGCGCGUGGAUGUCCUGACGUACGCCUGGAAGAACCUCAACAGCCUGGUGGAUCAGAACCAGAACACUCUCAUGAGGAUCCAGCCCAGCAUGAAGGCGGACCUGCUGUCCGCGGUGCAGAGCUUCCAGAUCCACGUUCAGAGCUUCUGCAGCGAGUACAACCACAGGGGUCCUGGGAUGGAGGGCGUGGCUCCUGCUGAAGCCAGCGAGCGGCUACAGAGCUUCCAGGCUGAGUUUGAUCAGCUGUGGAGGAAGUACACCACCUACAGUGGAGGAGAGGAGCUGUUUGGACUGCCGGUUAACGAGUACCCUGAGCUGCAGAGAAUCAGGAGGGAGCUGUCUCUGCUGUCCAAACUCUACUCUCUGUAUAACUCCGUCAUCGACAGCGUGGCCGGAUACCAUGACAUCCUGUGGGCGGAGCUUAACAUCGAGAAGAUCAACACUGAGCUGCAGGACUUCCAGAACAGGAUCCGGAAGCUUCCAAAGGCGUUGAAGGAUUGGCCGGCUUUCAGAGAUCUCAAGAAAACCAUCGAUGACUUCACGGAGAGCUGCCCGCUGCUCUACAUGAUGGCCAACAAGGUGAGAAGCCAUGCUGCUCGACACUGGACUCGCCUCAGUGAGUUGACUGGUCACAGCUUUCAGGUGGAAUCAGAGAGUUUGGCCCUCAAAAACAUCAUGGAGGCCCCGCUGCUGAAAUACAAAGAGGACAUUGAGGAUGUCUGUAUCAGCGCGGUGAAGGAGCGGGACAUCGAGGCCAAGCUGAAGGACGUUGUAGCCGAGUGGAGCAGCCACGCGCUCGCCUUCGCCCCCUUCAGGACCAGGGGAGAACUGCUGCUGAAAGGGGCCGACACAGCUGAGAAAAUGACCAUGAUGGAGGACAGUCUGAUGGUGCUGGCGUCACUGCUGAGCAACAGAUACAACGCUCCCUUCAAGCCGUCCAUCCAGCUUUGGGUCCAGAAACUCUCCAACACCUCCGAGAUCAUCGAGAAGUGGCUGUCUGUACAAAACCUCUGGAUCUACCUGGAGGCGGUGUUUGUGGGCGGUGACAUCGCUAAGCAGCUUCCUCAGGAGGCCAAGCGUUUCCAGAACAUUGACAAGUCGUGGCAGAGGAUCAUGCAGCGAGCACACGAGCUCCCUAAUGUGGUGCAGUGCUGCGUGGGGGAUGAGACACUCAGCCAGUUGCUCCCUCACCUCCUCGAGCAGUUGGAGCACUGUCAGAAGUCUUUGUCUGGUUACCUGGAGAAGAAACGAUUGGUGUUUCCUCGUUUUUUCUUUGUGUCUGAUCCCGCCCUGCUGGAGAUCCUAGGACAAGCCUCUGACUCGCACACGAUACAGGCUCAUCUGCUCAGUCUGUUUGACAACGUCAACAGAGUGGUUUUCAACGAGAAAAUCUACGACCAGAUCGUCAGCUUUCAGUCUCAAGAGGGAGAAACUGUGGACCUGAGCCAGCCUGUCCAGGCUCAGGGGAACGUGGAGGAGUGGUUGGGACAGUUGCUGUUCGGGGUGAGGCAGACGCUCCAUGCUAUCAUUCGUCAGGCUUACCUGGCCAUCAGCGACCCGGCCCUGAAGCUGCUGGAGUUCCAGUCUGCGUUUCCAGCUCAGGUCGGCCUGCUGGGAAUCCAGAUGAUCUGGACCAAAGAAGCAGAGGAUGCACUCGCCCUCAGCAAGUCGGACAAGAAGAUCAUGCAAACAACCAAUCAGAAGUUCCUGGAUAUCCUCAACGAGCUGAUCGACAUGACGACCAGGGAGCUGAGCAAGAACGAGAGGACUAAAUAUGAGACGCUCAUCACCAUCCACGUCCACCAGAGGGACAUCUUUGACGAGCUGGUGCGUCUGAACGUGCGAUCCGCGGCGGACUUUGAGUGGCAGAAACAGUCGAGGUUUUACUUCUUGGAGGAGACGGACAGGUGUAUCAUCCAAAUCACAGAUGUUGAGUUCAGCUACUGCAACGAAUACCUCGGCUGUACGGACAGACUGGUCAUCACCCCGCUGACCGACAGGUGUUACAUCACUCUGUCUCAGGCUCUGGGCAUGAGUAUGGGCGGAGCUCCGGCUGGUCCAGCAGGAACAGGAAAGACAGAGACCACUAAAGACAUGGGCCGCUGUCUGGGGAAAUAUGUGGUGGUUUUUAACUGUUCCGACCAGAUGGACUACAGAGGACUGGGACGCAUAUAUAAAGGUCUGGCCCAGUCCGGAGCCUGGGGCUGCUUUGAUGAGUUUAACCGCAUCGAACUGCCGGUUCUGUCCGUCGCCGCCCAGCAGAUCUACAUCGUCCUGCAGUGUAAGAAGAACAAGAAGAAACAGUUUGUGUUCACAGACGGAGACCUGGUCGAUAUGGACCCUGAGUUCGGCAUCUUCCUCACCAUGAACCCAGGUUACGCAGGUCGCCAGGAGCUGCCAGAGAACCUGAAGAUUCAGUUUCGGACUGUAGCCAUGAUGGUGCCGGACAGAGCAAUCAUCAUGAGGGUCAAACUGGCCAGUGCAGGUUUCCGUGACAACCAGGUCCUCAGCAGGAAGUUCUACACCCUCUACAAGCUGUGUGAGGAGCAGCUCUCCAAACAGGUCCAUUAUGAUUUUGGUCUGAGGAACAUUUUGUCCGUUUUAAGGACGCUGGGAGCUGUGAAGAGAUCCAACCCAUCAGAACCGGAGAAGACGGUGGUGAUGAGGGUCCUGAGAGACAUGAACCUCUCCAAACUGGUCGAUGAGGAUGAGCCUCUGUUCAUGAGUCUGAUCAAUGAUCUCUUCCCUGGCAUUGUUCUUGAUAAAGCUGGUUAUCCCGACCUGGAGUCGUCUAUCUUCAGUCAGGCUCAGCAGGCCGGACUGAUUCCUCAUCCCCCCUGGAUCCUCAAACUGGUUCAGCUGUACGAGACGCAGAGAGUCCGACACGGUAUGAUGACGUUGGGUCCCAGCGGUGCGGGGAAGACGGCGUGUAUCCACACGCUGAUGAAGGCCAUGUCAGAGUGCGGCUCCCCCCACCGCGAGAUGAGGAUGAACCCCAAAGCGAUCACGGCCUCGCAGAUGUUCGGCACGCUGGACGUGACCACCAACGACUGGACCGACGGCAUCUUUUCUACUCUGUGGAGGAAGACUCUGAAGGCCAAGAAGGGGGAAUACGUCUGGAUCGUGCUGGACGGGCCAGUGGAUGCCAUCUGGAUCGAGAACCUGAACUCAGUUCUGGACGACAACAAAACUCUGACGCUGGCGAACGGAGACCGAAUCCCCAUGGCCCCCUGCUGCAAGAUUGUUUUUGAACCCCACAACAUCGACAACGCCUCCCCGGCCACCGUGUCCAGGAACGGGAUGGUGUUCAUGAGCUCGUCGGUGCUCGGCUGGAGCCCCAUCCUGCAGGCUUGGUUACAGACGCUCCCUGGACCACAGGCCGACGCCCUGAAACUCUGCUUCAGCUGCUGCUACCAGGGAAGGACCAUGAAAACUCAGACUGACCUGCUGGACUUUGUCUCAACAUCUGUAUCUCCUAAGAUGCAGGUGUUGGAGUGUAUGUACAUCAGACAGACUAUUGACCUGCUGCAGGGGUUGCUUCCUGCAGAGGAGAAACAGGGUUGCCAUGGUGACGUUGGGCGACUGUUUGUGUUUGCGGUGAUGUGGUCUCUGGGAGCGGUACUGGAGCUGGAAGACAGAGCCAAGAUGGAGGCUUUCCUAAAGCGACUGGGCUCUUCUCUGGACCUGCCGCAGACUCAGGAUGAUCAGACCAUCUUUGAGUUCACCGUCAACGAGCAGGGACAAUGGGAGCACUGGUCCAACAAGGUCCCUGACUACGUUUACCCCAAGGACCACGUCCCGGACUACUCGUCCAUCCUGGUUCCCAACGUGGACAACGUGAGGACGGACUUCCUGAUGCAGACCAUCGUGAAGCAGAGGAAGGCCGUGCUGCUGAUUGGAGAACAGGGAACCGCCAAGACUGUCAUGAUCAAAGGCUACACUAGUAAGCUCGACCCUGAGCGCCACCUCAGUAAGACGAUGAACUUCUCGUCGGCCACGCUGCCCAGCAUGUUCCAGCGAACCAUCGAGAGCUACAUCGAUAAACGGAUGGGCGCCACCUACGGGCCACCGGCCGGGCGCAGGAUGACCGUCUUCAUCGAUGACAUCAACAUGCCCGUCAUCAACGAAUGGGGUGAUCAGAUAACCAAUGAGAUUGUGCGUCAGCUGAUGGAGCAGGGAGGUUUCUACAGUUUGGAUCGUCCAGGAGAAUUCAUCACUGUGGUGGAUGUUCAGCUGGUGGCAGCCAUGAUCCACCCGGGUGGCGGGCGGAACGACAUCCCUCAGCGUCUAAAGAGGCAGUUCUCCAUCUUUAACUGCACGCUGCCCUCUAACUCCUCCAUCGAUAAGAUCUUCAGCACCGUGGCUCAGGGAUACUUUUGCCCUGAGAGAGGCUUUGUCGCCGCUGUCUGCGAGUUCGCCGCUGCCCUCGUACCCACCACCAGACGGGUGUGGCAGGCUGUGAAGGCCAAGAUGUUACCGUCUCCUGCUAAAUUUCACUACAUCUUCAACCUGAGGGACCUCAGCAGAAUCUGGCAGGGGAUCCUGACAGUGAAGUCUGAGGUGUGUCAGAGCUCAGAGCUCCUCUCGGCUCUGUUUCAUCAUGAAUGCUGCAGAGUGAUUGCUGACAGAUUCAUUGACGGCAGCGACAGACAUACUUUUAACGGCAUCAUGGAGAAGAUCACAGUGGAGGAUCAUGGGAAAGCUGUGAUUGAGCAUGCUCAGUGGAACAGUUGCUUUGUGGACUUCAUGCGUGAAGCUCCAGAGGCGACAGGAGACGAGCCUGAAGACGUUGAGCUUGAAGCUCCAAAGGUGUAUGAGCCAAUCCCAUCCCUGGACUCUCUGGAAAAGCGACUGUGUGUUUUCCAGCAGCAGUACAACGAGGCGGUGAGGGGCGGAGCCAUGGACCUGGUCUUCUUCAAGGACGCGAUGACCCACCUGAUUCGGAUCUCUCGGAUCCUGCGCACGCCGCAGGGAAACGCCCUGCUGGUUGGGGUCGGGGGGUCGGGCAAGCAGAGUCUGACGAGGCUGGCAUCGUUCAUCGCCGGGUAUCAAACGUUCCAGAUCACACUUACCAGGUCGUACAGCAGCAGUAACCUGCUGGAGGAUCUGAAGGCUCUGUAUCGUAUCGCUGGUCAGCAGGGUCGAGGAGUCACGUUCCUCUUUACCGACAACGACAUAAAAGACGAAGCCUUCCUCGAAUACAUGAACAAUGUCCUGGCCAGUGGGGAAGUUUCUAACCUGUUUGCUCGUGACGAGCUCGAUGACAUCACUCAGGAUCUGAUUCCUGUCAUGAAGCGACAUCACCCGCGCCGACCUCCGACAUCUGAGAACCUCUACGACUUCUUCCUGUCCCGAGUGCGUAGCAACCUCCACGUCGUCCUCUGCUUCUCGCCUGUCGGGGAAAAGUUUCGGACCCGAGCCUUAAAGUUCCCAGGUCUGAUUUCGGGCUGCACUGUGGACUGGUUCCAGCGCUGGCCUCGGGACGCCCUGGUGGCCGUAUCGAAUCACUUCCUGUCUAAUUACCAGGACCUCCGCUGCUCGGAUGGUGUAAAGCAGAGUGUGGUGGUUACCAUGGGAACCUUUCAGGACCUGGUGGCGGAGAAAUGUGCCGAGUAUUUCGAGCGUUUCAGGCGUCAAACAUUUGUGACGCCAAAAUCCUACCUGUCCUUCAUCGACAGCUACAAGGUCAUCUACGCCGAGAAGAUCGCUCACGUCGGCACGCUCGCUGAGCGCAUGAAGACGGGUCUGUGUAAGCUGAUGGAGGCUGAGCAGUCUGUGUCUCAGCUCUCUGAGGAGCUGGUGCUGAAGGAGCAGGAGCUCGCCGUCGCCUCUAGGAGGGCAGAUGAAGUCCUGCAGGAGGUCACAGCCAAAGCUCAGGCUGCUGAAAAGGUGAAGCAGCAGGUGCAGAAGGUGAAGGAUAAAGCUCAGCUCAUCGUCGAUGAGAUUGAAGCUGACAAAGCAGCAGCAGAGACCAAACUGGAAGCUGCAAAACCUGCGUUGGAGGCUGCUGAGGCUGCACUGCAGACGAUUAAACCAGCGGACAUCGCCACCGUGAGGAAGCUGCAGAAGCCCCCUCACCUCAUCAUGAGGAUCAUGGACGCUGUGCUGCUGCUGUUCCAGAGGAAGAUCGACGUGGCGACUCCUGACCCUGAGAGAGCUUGUCCCAAACCUUCAUGGACCGAGGCCAUGAAGCUGAUGCAGAACUCGGCCUUCCUCAGCAUGCUGCUCAACUUCAGCAAGGACUCCAUCACAGAGGAGGUGGUGGAGCUGAUCGCUCCAUACCUGGACAUGGACGACUACAACCUAGAGUCAGCCAAGAGGACCUGCGGCAACGUGGCGGGACUCUGCUCCUGGACUCAGGCCAUGGCUGACUUCUUCUCCAUCAACAAGGAGGUGCUGCCGCUGAAGGCUAACCUGGCCCUGCAGGAGGCUCGCCUGGUGGUCGCUCAGACUGAACUGGCUAAAGCUCAGGAGCAGCUGGACGCUAAGCAGCAGGAGCUGGACGCCGUGCAGGCGCUCUACGACGCCGCCAUGAAGGAGAAGCAGGACCUGGAGGAUGACGCCCAGGCCUGCCGCCGCAAGAUGGGCAACGCUACGGCUCUGAUCGACGGGCUGGGAGGAGAGAAGGUGCGUUGGACUGACAGCAGCGCCGGCUUUCAGACCCAGAUCUCACACCUGGUGGGGGACGUCCUCCUGUCUGCAGGCUUCCUGUCCUAUGCCGGGCCUUUUAACCAGGAGUACCGCAGCCUGCUGCUGGAGCAGUGGAAGAGAGAGAUGGAGGAGCAGCUGAUCCCCUUCAGUCCUGACCUGAACGUGAUUGGCCUGCUGGUGGACAACGCCACAGUGAGCGAGUGGAACCUGCAGGGUUUGCCCAGUGACGACCUGUCCAUCCAGAACGGCAUCGUGGUGACGAAGGCGUCCCGCUACCCGUUGCUGAUAGACCCCCAGGGCCAGGGCAAGACCUGGAUCCAGAACAAAGAGAGAGACCAGCAGCUGCAGAUGACGUCGCUGAACCAUAAAUAUUUCCGAUCACACCUGGAGGACAGUCUGUCUCUGGGGCGCCCCCUGCUGUUAGAGGACGUAGGAGAGGAACUGGACCCCGUCCUGGACAACAUACUGGACAAAAACUACAUCAAGUCUGGAUCGACGUAUAAAGUAAAGGUGGGAGAUAAGGAGGUGGAUGUGAUGAAGGGUUUCACUCUCUACAUCACUACCAAGCUGGCCAACCCGGCGUACAGCCCCGAGGUCAGCGCCAGGACGGCCGUGGUCGACUUCACCGUCACUCAGCGCGGCCUGGAGGACCAGCUGCUGGGCCGAGUCAUACUGCUGGAGAAACAGGAGCUGGAGGCAGAGCGAGUGCAGCUCCUAGAGGAGGUGACGUCCAACAAGAGGAAGAUGCAGGAGCUGGAGGACAGUCUGCUGUUCAGGCUGACCAGCACACAGGGCUCUCUGGUGGAGGACGAGUCUCUGAUCGAGGUUCUGAGGGUCACAAAGAGAACGGCUCAGGAGGUGAGUGAGAAGCUGUCUGUUGCCGCCGAGACAGAGGUGAAGAUCAACCAAGCCAGGGAGGAGUACCGGCCGGUGGCCACAAGGGGGAGCAUCCUCUACUUCCUGAUCGUGGAGAUGUCACUGGUUAACAUCAUGUACCAGACGUCUCUGCGGCAGUUCCUGGGGCUCUUUGACUCGUCCAUGCGUCACUCGGCCAAAUCACAAGUCACCUCCAAACGCAUCAGCAACAUCGUCAGCUUUCUCACAUACCAGGUGUUCUGUUACACAGCCAGGAGUCUGUACGAGGAACACAAACUGCUCUUCACUCUGCUGCUAGCUCUGAAGAUCGACCUGCAGGCCAGAAACAUCUCGCACCCUGAGGUGCUCACCUUCGUCAAAGGCGGAGCUUCUCUGGACCUGAACUCUGUAGAAACCAAACCUCGGCGCUGGAUCCUGGAUCAGACUUGGCUCAAUCUGGUGCAGCUGUCCAGCCUGCCCCCGUUCACACAGAUCCUGACCCAGGUGAGCCAGAACGAGCGUGCCUGGAGGACCUGGUUUGACCAUCCAACGCCAGAGGAAACCCCACUGCCUGAUGGGUACGAGGAAAAGCUUGACACCUUCCGGAAACUUCUUCUCAUCAGGAGCUGGUGUCCGGACCGAACCACUGCUCAGGCGCGUCACUACAUCUCAGAGUCUCUGGGUCCGCAGUAUGCUGAAGGUUUGGUUCUGGACCUGGACGCUAUGUUAGCAGAGAGCGACAGCAGGACGCCGAUGGUGUGUCUCCUGUCGAUGGGCUCCGACCCGACAGAAAACAUCGAGAGACUCGCCAAGAACAAGGGAGCACCAUGUCGCCCCAUUUCUAUGGGGCAGGGACAAGAGGUCCACGCUCGCAGGCUGCUGGCCAACAGUAUGAUGGACGGCGGCUGGCUCCUCCUCCAGAACUGCCACCUGGGACUGGACUUCCUGGACGAGUUAUUGGAGACGGUCACCACGGCAACGCCAGAAAGCGUGCACAAAGGCUUCAGGGUGUGGCUGACGACUGACGUUCACCCAAGAUUCCCUAUCACCUUCCUCCAGUCCUCCAUCAAGUUCACCAAUGAACCUCCUCUGGGGAUGAAGGCUGGUCUGAAGAGGACGUUUAACGGCGUCACUCAGGAUCAGUUAGACAUCAGCAACCUGCCUCAGUGGAAGCCUCUGCUGUUCGCUCUGGCCUUCUUACACACCACUGUGCAGGAGCGACGAAAGUUCGGUCCUCUCGGCUGGAACAUCCCCUACGAGUUCAACCAGGCCGAUUUCACCUCCAGCAUGCAGUUUGUGCAGAACCACCUGGACGAGCUGGACUCAAAGAGAGGAGUGAACUGGAGCUGCCUGCGCUACAUGCUGGGUGAGGUCCAGUACGGCGGCCGGGUGACAGACGACUUGGACAAACAUCUCCUCAACACUUUCACCAGUGUGUGGUUCAGCGAGAACACCUUCAGCGACAAGUUCUGCUUCUAUAAAGGCUACACCAUCCCGAGCGUGUCCAAAUCAGUCCAGGACGUCCUGCAGCACAUUGAGGCCCUGCCCCUGGUCGACUCCCCUGAGGUUUUUGGGCUCCACCCCAAUGCUGACAUCACCUACCAGACCAACCUGGCCAAUGAGACGCUCAGCACCAUCAUCAGCAUACAACCCAAAGACAGCGGGGGCGGGCCCGGUGAGACGAGGGAGGCGAGCGUGCUGAGAUUAGCGAAUGAGAUGUUGGAGAAGCUACCACCUGACUACGUAGCGCAUGAGGUGAAAGCUCAACUACAGAAGAUGGGUCCCCUUCAGCCAAUGAACAUCUUCCUGCGACAGGAAGUGGACCGCAUGCAGCGUGUCAUCAGCAGUGUACGGAGCACGCUCACUGACCUCAGACUGGCCAUCGACGGUACCAUCAUCAUGUCAGAGGACCUGCGCGAUGCCCUCGACUGCAUGUUCGACGCUCGGAUCCCUCGCCUGUGGCUGCGGCUCAGCUGGCCGUCAGCCACGUUAGGAUUCUGGUUCAGCGAGCUGCUGGAGAGGAACCAGCAGCUUAGCGGCUGGAUCAGCGCUGGCCGGCCCAACCAGUUCUGGCUCACCGGAUUUUUUAACCCCCAGGGUUUUCUGACCGCCAUGCGUCAGGAGACCACACGCUCCAACUUGUCCAGGGGCUGGGCCUUGGAUACUGUCACCCUUAGCAACGAUGUCACCAAGAUGAUGAGAGAGGAUGUGUCUGCUCCACCCCCAGAGGACGUGGGCGGAGUCUACAUCUACGGCCUCUUUCUGGACGGGGCGGGAUGGGACCGACGCAGUGCCAAACUCACUGAGGCCCCGCCCAAGGUCCUCUUCACGCCCCUCCCCGUCGUCCACGUCUACGCCGUCAGUUCAGCCAACAUGGCCGACAGUAACCUGUACUUGUGUCCGGUCUAUAAGAAGCCGCGUCGCACCGACCUGAACUUCAUCUUCUCCCUGCAGCUGAGGAGCGUGCAGCCGGUCGAGCACUGGACGCUGCGAGGAGCCGCUCUGCUCUGCGACUGCAAGUGACCAUGUGACCACUUUUAAUGUUAUUGUUACGGCCCAGGGACAAUCAUGCUGUCGAAAAGUAGAAUCUAAAGGACCAAUGAGGUUCAAUUUACUUCCACAUUGAACUAUUUAUGAGCAAAGCACAUAUUUUAUACGUUCCCGGUGAAAAUUCAACAAAUUUCAAUUCAUUUAUAUAAAAUAAAAGGAAACAUUAAU